UUUUUUUCUUCGAACCACCAGACGACAAUGGUUCGGUUCACUACCAUUCUCAGCACGCUUGCUGUGACUACCGCAUCCGUGCAAGCCUUCCCCGGCGCCUGGCUUCUCCAAGGACGGCAGAACAUCCCCGAUCCCGCAGGCGACAAGAACGUCGGAAACGGCAAAGGUCUUCAGUUUAUCGGUGGACAAUGCCUCAGCCAAGCCGACUGCGGGUCCCAAUGCUGCGCAACCCUUGCCCGCGGUGGUGAUGUCAUUGGCGUUUGCUCCGGCUUGGGCGCUCAAUUCCAAGCUGGCAAGCAGGGCUGUGGCUUUGGCAGUACUGCUGCGGGUAACAACAGCACCGGUACCGUCGGCAACGUGAACCUUGUUGGAAACAAACAGGCCACGAAUGGCACGACUCCAGCCACCGGUGGUGGAAAGAAGGGUGGCAAGGGCACGAAGAAAGGAAAAGGUCACGGCAAGAAGAAGGGCGGUGCUGUCGGCAGCGGCGGCGCUAAUAACGGGACCGACACUUCCAAUGCUGGCAAAGGCAACAUCGACCUUGGCAAUCAACUGGCUGUGAAUGGCACGGCACCAGCAAAGGGCCACAAGGGGAAGGGGAAGGGCAAGGGUCACGGCAAGAAGAAGGGCGGUGCUGUCGGUAACGGCAACGCUAACAACGGGACCGAUACCACUACCACUGCCCCUGGCAACAACGGCAACGGCAAAGGCAACAUCGACCUUGGCAAUCAACUGGCUGUGAAUGGUACGGCCCCAGCUACCGGUGGAGGGAAAGGAAAGGGGAAGGGCAAGGGGAAAGGCCACGGCAAGAAUAAGGGCGGCAAUGCUGGAAAUGCUGGCACUGGCAACGUCAGUGCUGGUAAUGGGACCGACACCUCCGGCGCUGGUGGUGCUGGCGGUGCUGCUGGCGGUGCUGCUGGUGGCGCUGGCAAUGCUGGAAAGGGCAAGGGCGGCAAAGGUGGUAAAGCUGGUAAAGGUGGCAACGCUGGAGGUGCUGGAGGUGCUGCCGGUGAUGCCGGUGCUACUGGCGGUAACGCUGGAGGUGCCACUGGCGACGCUGGAACUGCUGGCGGUGCUGCUGGCGGUGCUGGCAAAGGCGGUAAAGCUGGCAAAGGUGGCAACGCUGGCACCGCAGGGGACGCCAGCAAUACGGGCACUACCGGAGGCGCAACAGACGCUUCCGCCGAGGAUGCUCAGGGGCAGGAUGAUUAGUCUGCUCAAUCAGGACAGGGCAAGGUGGUGUGGGAUCAGUGCCGGAUGGGUUUUUCAUAACCGCCUGAUUACUUGAGCAACAUUGACGGUGCUUCCGGGAGCUG